GUGUGUGUGUGUGUGUGUGUGUGUGUGUGUGUGUGCAUGUUACAAACAAAACUAGACCUGCAUAACUCAGCAAAGAGGAAGAAAGACUAAAAGACUGAAGGAGACUGGUGACAUACACAUUAUAAUGAUACUGUGUGUUGUGGAUUUAAAAGCUUCUGGAUUAUCAGAUCACUGGAUUGUAAAGCAGAGAAGGGAGUCUGGAGAUCAUGGCUUCUGUGAGUAUUGUGUCAAACCAGUGCAACUCCUCACUGGCUUCAGAUUUCUCAGUGUGCAGUCAACCAGGGCUCGUGCUGCUAGGUGUUGCAAUGGCCCUUCUGGUUCUGGCCAUAGUUUUUGGUAACGUGCUGGUGAUCAUGACCCUCCUCCGGUGCCAGCGGCUCCAGACAAUCACUAACCUCUUCAUUGCUUCACUGGCUGUUGCUGACCUCAUCAUGGGUGUGGUUGUGGUCCCCUUUGGCUCCAGUAACAUCUUGCUGGAUCGCUGGAAAUUUGGAAAUUUCAUGUGUGAGUUCUGGACAGCAACUGACGUGCUAUGUGUGACGGCCUCUAUUGAAACACUGUGUGUGAUUGCUCUGGACCGUUACCUCGCCAUCACCUUGCCACUCCGAUACCCGACACUGCUGACCAGGGGUCGAGCUGUUGUGGUGGUCCUUGGGGUUUGGGUGGUGGCCUCCCUCAUUUCCUUCCUACCUAUCCAUCUGAAGUGGUGGGUGUCAGAUGAUGAGAAAGCCAAGAAGUGCAUGGCUGAUGAGUGCUGCUGUGAGUUCUACACCAAUCCACCAUAUGCGGUGUCUUCCUCAAUCGUGUCAUUCUACCUGCCGCUGGUGGUGAUGAUUUUCUUGUACAGCCGGGUCUUCCAGGAGGCUCAGAAACAGCUGGAGAAGAUCAGACGAAGGGAGAGGCAUUUCUGUAACUUGCAGUACACUGCACAGCUGGCCUAUCCUGAUGAUAGCCCUACAUUGAAUAAACUCCAGGCAGGAGCUGAGAUGGGAGAGCAAGCAGGAGAGGACAGUCUAAAUAUGCAGAAAACAGGAGGUCUAGACAAAAGUAAAGAAGAAAAGGGAGGAGAGAACAGAGCAAAGGGUGAAGGAAAACACUCUGCCGCAAGGCGUCUAAAGUUUUGUCUUAAAGAGCACAAGGCUUUAAAAACACUGGGGAUUAUCAUGGGAAUCUUCACACUAUGUUGGCUCCCCUUCUUCAUCCUCAACAUCCUCGUGGCCUGCCUCAACCUGGGUGACGUUAAGCUGCCCUUCAGACUCCUCAACUGGCUAGGAUACUGUAACUCAGCCUUCAACCCGCUCAUCUACUGCCGUAGCCCCGACUUCAGACACGCCUUUCAGGAGAUACUCUGUUUGAGGACCAAAGGGGGAGGGAAGAGAGAAUGGGUAUGGUGCAGAGGGAGAGAUUGUUACUCCAAUCCCCCAGGUAGGACAAAGGCGAGCUUGGACCUGAGUGGUGUGCUGGACGUUCAGCAGAGGUCAGGAUGGAAGGGCAGUCUGGACAGCUCCAUCCAAGAUGAUCAACUAACUCUGGCUCCUCUGACUUCUUGCAUUGAGCAGGUUUUAGAAGUAGGCCCCGGUUCCCUGACAAAUUGGCAGGCUAAUACUUCUGCUAAUGGGAGCUGUAAGGAAAAUACAGCUUCUAUUGCUUGACCAAAUAACCCAGUAAUUUAUAUUACACAGUAAACACCAAUUUGAUGAAUGCUUGAGAAUGACAACUUUUUGGUGGCUUGAGGCUAUAAAUGUUAGUGUAGUGAGCAAAUAUUCUGUUAGGCAUGUUUGUGCCACAGCUACAGGAUUUUACUAGUGAUUGCGGUUCACCUUUGCUGCGCCAGUUUUCUUAAUAAUAUUGUUGAUCACAACUACAAAGGCAGCUACACAGGUAAACCAGCAGUAUGUGUCAGCUUUACUGAUGCAUGACUCACAGCACAGUGCAAACGUGCACAGAAUGUGCAGCCUCAAAAAUAAUCAGACAACACACAGGGAAAAACUAGUGAUACCAAGCAUGAAGAGUUUAAUCGAACUGGUUCUUACAACAGGGCAACUAUUGAAAGAUGUUCUGUAAUUUUGUCCACCCUGUUUACAUUAAAGGAAUAACAGAGAGGUGAUGUUACUGUAUAAUGAACUGCAUCUGGAACACUUGCUACUGAAAUACAAGACAAAUAGGAGUAAAUUAUUUAAGCAUAAUUGUGCUUUACAGGUAUCACAGUAAAUAAGUGAAAAGGCUUUAAUGAUAGGUGGAUAAUGAAACACCAAAAAGAGUAAUAAAAUACUAUGGAUGCUCAUUCAUUCCAAAAGCAGUCAAAAGUGGGUGCAUAAAUUUUUAUAGAGUUAUUCCCAUGAUGUUGUAGCAUCAACUACUUGUCAUCAGUGGUAGGACGUUCAAAUAUCUUGAACAAUGUCUACUAGGCUGGAGGUAUCCUAGCUGUUGUGAAUGUAGUAGCAGUACUCAGAAGGAGCAUUUUACAGGUAUUUCACAGUAGAAUCAAUGACUACAAAAGCAGCAAUCAAAGGUAAAUACCAAAAGUUUUAACAGUUAAGACUCUGCCCGCAAGGAUACAGAACUUUCUCAGCUAAAAUAAUAAAAAAUACUCCAACUUUGGCAGCAAUCUUGUGUGUUCUUGUAAGAUCUUAUUAUUCAAAGUAAGAACCUGAUAGAAAAAACAAAUCUGGUCUUUUAAGGUGAAUGUUAAUGAAUGUUUAGAUAUAAUGAAAUGUAGCUGUUAGGUGAUGAAGACAUAUACAAUACCUAUGGCCAAGCUGCCAAAUUACUAUCCAAACACACUGUUGCCAUAUCAGGACAUGCUUAGACAUUACUUUCUUUAUGAAUUCACAAAGCAGGAAGAACAUGUGUAAAUUUAGCACCACAUUUGCAGUACUAAUGUUGAUUUUGUGCAAGCAACAAAAACCUCACAUCCAAAUGAAAUCUCCACAAAACACAGACAAGAAAAAUACGUACUGCCCUGUGGCUAAAAGUCUUAUUUGAAACAAGAGGGUCUUAUCCAUGCUGUGUUUAUAAUAACCAUUUCAGAUUAUCAAAAACAGUCUGGCUGUUUUUCAUUCCUGCCUGAUAAACCUCAUACUGGAGCUGGUCCAAAAUCAUUAACUGCUGUAUAUUUGUGGAUCAGAUAAACAUCUGAGACCCAAACUUGUGACUAUCAUGACCGCUCUUUCUCUCCCUGUGCCCACUUUCUUUCACCACGUAUUCGCCGGCUCCACUUUCCCCUUCUCGCUCACUGGACAUAGUCAUUCACCCAGAUUUUCUUUUUAUCCAGUCUUCUGUAGCUCUGUUACAGUAUGAACACAGUACAGAGCUGGGGAGAUUGUUUUCAAACCCUUAUCUCUAACAUUCACUGUAAAAGGACUGCAAUUAGAAGAGACAGAUUAGAAGUGCUUAUUUUGGCAUUACUAAAAAACUAGCUUGAAGUUAAAGUGUUUGGAUUAUUAUUUGUAAAAAAAAAAAAUAAAAAAAAAAAAACUCAUUAUAUCACCCUAAGCAGGCAAAUUAGAUUUUGAAAAUAACCUCCCUAGCCCUGUUUUUACAUGUAUAGAUAUUUAUUUAAUUUGUGUUUAAACAAUUACACCUGAACAAGGUGUAGGGGGUCAACUUUUGGUAACGGUGUACUGUAAAUAUAAUUUGUACAUGUGUCUGCCUGUAUGUAUGUUGUGUGCACUAGUGAUUAUUGACUAUGUGUUUUAAAUCUUAAAACAUGCCAUUAUUUGUAAUUUACUGUAACAUGAACAAGACUUGGAUAAGCAGGUGUAAAAAAAAUGAAAGUUUUGUUUUCUACUUCAAAUUCAAUAGUUGUCAUGAAAAAAGUAGAAUAUCUGAGUUUUAAUGCUUGCUGCGGCUUCUUUAAAUGUAAAAGCACUGAUUGCAUUGUCCAGUGUAAUACAUGUAAUUUAUCUGGUUCUCCAAAAAGAAGAAGCGUUGAACUAAGAGUUGUUUUAAUGUGCAUUUUGUGUCAAGUCUGUUAAUACAUGUGGACAUCAGAGUUCAUACAAGCAGCACUGAAACACGAGUUUACACUCAGAAAAAGAUUGAUCAUUUUACAUGUUAUUUGUAUUUGUGUGUCUGUCUUGAAAUAUUCAGACGGUAUCUGAAAUUUUCUUUGUUGAAACUGAAAGUGAUUUGCAGAAGUGUAGCUUCUAGUCAGAGGAAAUGUCUCUAUUUUCUACCUCCAUCAGAGUCACAUCAAUGUUAUCUGAUCUCUAUAAAUAUUUAUUCAUAAGCUGUUGUAUAUAUUAGUGAGUAAAAGGAUAAAGUUUGAAAUGUAACCGUGUGUGUGUGUGUGUGUGUGUGUGUGUGUGAUUACAAGAUACAGGCCAACAGACGGAUAAAGAAACCUAACAAGUGGGAGAUGUGCUUACCAUAAUAGCAGACAAAGUAGCUUCAUAUCACAAAGCUUGUCACAGCUUCCUUUCUAAUAAGCAACCUGCAGAAAGUUGAGUUUAUUUGGCCAAUAAGCAUUUAGCUAUUUAGACAAUUCAACCAAACAUAUGUUCCUCUGACUUUGUGGUUUGUCAUCAGUUACAAAUUACCAGUAAGCCAAUUAUGUAAGUGUUUCUGAUGGCACUUAAAAGUCCUCAUUGCAAAGUUCCAUUUUGGCAUCGGUACUCAAUGACACUCUAUAAUGAAAAUAGUCAUUUGUCAGGCAGCCAGUUGGCCUGAAAUCAGUUUGACAAAGAAGGGGCUGCAUGCUGUUGACCAAACAGAGCAUUCAUCAAAUAAUCUAAUUACAGACAGCCAUAGUUUGUUAUAGGGUAUGCAAGAAAUGUUCAUAACUCAACCAAUUUAGGAAAAAAACUGCCUCAAAAGGCUCUUUGUCAACAAAUAAAAUGAAACUGAGAAAUGCUAUGCACCUUUAACCUUUCUAGGUCCAAGAACAGAGGCUUUUUGUACAUAUUCAGUCAUUCAAGUUAUUCAUGAAGAUGUGUGUGUACGUGUGUGUGUGUGUGUGGGGGGUGAACUAUGAUGUACAAUGACAGGUGCACAGGGUCGCAGCAGCUACAAUAUCAGCUGCCGCAGAGGAAAUACAAUCAGCUAUACACACUCAUACACGUACACACACAGAGAGAUUUACACUUAGACAUAAAAACGCAAUAUAAGUGUGUGUGUGAAGGGUGACCUGUUUCCAAGGAGCAAGUUUCCAGUUUAGGUAUGUUAAUGGUAAAGUACUUAAAAUGCAUGUCAUGAUGCUGUGUCCUGUAUGUGACCUGUAUGUCUUAGAGUUUUUGUUACCAUGCUUAUUUUCGUUUCUGUUUUUGUUAGUAUUAA